AUGGAUACUACUGAGUCAAAUAAUGAUGCGGAGAGAAGGUCAACUACUCCACAACCUCAGCAAACUCAAGCUCAACAACCACAUGAUUUACAUGUGACAUCCGCUCCACCACAUAGGCCAAUUAGUGAUAUUUCCGACCCCAUUCGACACAAAAUAGUUCAAUCUUCAAUCGUGGAGCCACAGUCACGACGUGAAAGAGGUUACAAAGGACACACACCUCUGCACUCGCUCAACCCGCCACGAACUCCAUCUCCACAAACACUCCCAUCACAAUCAACUCCUAAUAGAGAUGGUACAUUUACAAACUUUCAAUUGCCGAAUGACAUAUUGAAAAAUCUAACUCCAAUCAUCAAAUCUCCCCCAAAAGACAAGACAAAGCAACAUAAUCGCAAACAAGCAUAUAUGCGUAGUGUUCAAUUGAAAGUGAGUGCUAGAAAUAACCGAGUUGAAAAGCGGUCAAAGGAUUGGAAAAGACAACAACAGGAGUUUAUUCAAUAUCAAAGUGCUAAAUUGACAGAGCUGCUACAGCGGGCAAAAAUACGAAGGGAUGAGUAUUUGCAAAUGAUUCGAGAAAAGGCAGUUAAAUUCGUAAAGACUGAAGAAGGAGGACUGUCUGGAGAUGAAAAGCAGUCAGCAUUAUCGCCACCGUUUUCUCAAACCAUCUCAUCAGAAUCACAAGUUUGGUUGGUAGAGCAAGAUCUGAAUGUCCGUGAAAGUCUUGUUUAUUUUCAGAGGUUGUCGAAAAAGCAUAUUUUCAAAAGGCAUGCUAUGUUCCUUCAAAACUCAUCCUUUCUAAACAGGUAUGAUUCAAUGCCAUUCAACAAAGUUUUAACUUGUUUUAAUACUGAUUCAAGGAUAAAAAUGGGUAUAUCAUACAUGUUGAAUUAUUUGGGAAUUACUACAAACACAUUUGAGUUAAAGAUGUUUCUUUAUUGUUUUAUUAUGAUAGCUGAUUUUAAUGAUUGCAUGAUUAAUGGACCUCAUCCUGGUUUCAACUACAAUUUGGAAAUCAAGACCAAGAGUCAAGAAAAGUCAACUACUGCUCAGAAUUGUAUUUGGGUUAUACUAUAUAAACUUACAACUUGCCUAUUGGAAGAAUUCAAACAGGUUGUUCACAUUGCACCAAAAAUUUUACCAAGGUUUUGGAAGUAUUGGAAUGACUACAAGUUCAUUUUCAAAAUAUUCAAAUGGAAUCAUUUUGUUGGGAUCAACCAUUUAUUAAACAAUUCUAUCUCCAUUGUCGAGGAGCAAAUAACACGUAUAUCUGAUGACCAAGACUUGUAUCAUCAACGGACAAAGUUAAAUAUGGAAUUGUCAUUGUUGAACAAGUACAAUUUACUGGCAUUAAAACAAUUCAAUGAGUCUCAACAAGUGACCCAGCUUACCUCACUUGUUUCUGAUACAGUUGAGGAGUUGUUCACGAACUUUGGUGCCAAGUCGCCGAGUUUUAUUCAAAAUCAAUCCAAUUUUAUAUGUUUUGACUUGUUGAAGUUUCAUAUACCUGAUUUUAUUCCUUUUGAGAAGUGGAGACUGUAUUGGAUGAAUUUGUAUUUCAGAGAGUUUGAAUUGGACCGAAUGUAUCCAAGUGUGCUCAAGACUGGUUAUUUAGGUGAAGUAAGACCCAAGACACGUAAUGUCGACUAUAUCGACUGGGUGGAUUCGUUGAUGGAUUUGGAGCUGUUUUCAUUAAACCAGACCUAUGAAAUAUUAUACGACUAUUAUUUGGAAUUUUCUGGUGUUUACUCGUUACCUGGUAUAGUCGAUGGUGCUGAUGGGUUGCAAAGGGUACAAAACUUGAUUAAACAUUACGACAAGAAAAACAAAUUGAUGCAAUUUACAAAAUCCAAUUUGGAUGAUGAAGAAAUAUUACAAUUAAAAUAUUCAGUUGUCAUUAUGUGGUUACAAAAGUGUCAGUUCAACGUGUUCCAAGAUUUCAUCGAUUUUGAGAAUUUAUAUACAAUUGUUAAUUUGAAAAAUUUCAAAAACUUAAGAUAUUCAAUCUACACUCAGAAUCCAAACUUGUUAUUUCCAGAAUUUUAUAAACUUGUUAUGAAGUUUCAUUCAUUAGAAGUGGAGACACAAUUGAGAAAUAUCAUUUAUGCGUCAUUCAAGAAUAAUCUAAACAGGUUGUUUCGAAUCAAGCCUAGCUUUAAUCAAGAAGCUUUUCAACUUUUCAAUCAAGUUUUUAACCAUAUGAUUGUUAAUGGGGAGUUUGAGAAUGAACUAAGUGUCACCUUCAAGGACAACUUCAAACAAUAUCAUACGAGGUUGCACGCACUUGUCAAGACAAAUAGUAUAUCGAUGAUGUAUUAUUCAUAUACAGGAAUUCAUCUACCUACGAAAAGUUUGCAAGAAGCAGUUGGCGAUUUACACCUGUUUCCCAAUGAACAGUUUGUUGCAUAUUAUGGGAAUCAUGGUGAUAAGAUUUGCAGUCUAUUGUCUGAUAAAUGGCAAAAUAUAUUGAGCAGGGUAGCUGAUGGCCGUAUCAAUUUGAGUAAUAUAGGCAGUCAUUUGCAACCAAUUUUUACAGAGUGCACGCAAGAUAUGGAGCUCUUAUCUUUGGAAAUUUGCAAAUUUAAUCGGUUCGUAUACAAGAUGUAUAUGCCUAUUUUGAAUUGGGUUUAUGGGGAUUUGGGUCCAGGUGGGGGACCAAGUGGAGGAAGUUUGUGA